GCGAUAAUGCUGCUUGGACCGAAAUAUUUCUUAUCGAGCAUCUACGGUAUCAUGAUUCCAUUGAGAACCUCUGACUCUUGAGAGCACGUGGGAGAACUCAAGUAGUUUCUCAUGAUAUGGUGCCGGUCUUUUUGCGGAUUUCCUGUCAUGCGUUUUCUUAGCAACAGCAGUUGCUUGGCUAGGACGAGCUAUGCACCGCGAUUACUGUUUUCUCCAUUAUCCCAAUAUGCCUUCAGCACCUAUGGCCGUAACCAACGGUCCCAGAAGUGGCCGAAGUCAAAGCCUCCCGGCUAUGGCCAACACCCGAUGACAAAAUUCGCCUCCGAGAAGUUGAACAUCCUUGGUGAAAUAGACUCGGUUCAACCACACUCAGAACCUCCGACUAGGAAACAGAAGGCCGAUACACGGAGGGCCUACGCCAUCUUCCACAAGCUUGCGGAAAACAAGUUCGACGAACUGAUUAAGGAAGCCGAUUGGCAGUCUCAGUACGAGGCAUUCGGGAUCACAUCGAAGCUAGACUUUCAUCGCGAAGCCCGACUAUUUCGAGUUUCCAUCAGCAAAGCUUGUGAGCUUGCCGCCGAAACUCAUGCUGUCUCGAGAGUCAAUAACCCCCUCUUCUGGUCCCUGCGCAAUGCCUUCGUCACCCGAGAUGUUAAAGGCCUUAGCGCCGAGCUCAAAUUCUCUUUCCAGAGUUUUCUCUCACGUUCCCAAUUCCCAAAGAGCAUCGAUGCUACCCACCAGAAGAUUGCUGAUAUGCGUUUCCCCUACGAAUGGUAUCCCGCCACCCGCGCCCUUCAACGUACUGUCCACCUCCACGUCGGUCCCACCAAUUCUGGCAAGACCUAUAAUGCUUUGAAAGCACUUGAAAAUGCUAAAUCAGGCAUAUAUGCCGGACCUCUACGUUUACUAGCACACGAGGUUUACUCCCGCUUUAUGGCUAAAGGAAAGCCCUGUGCCUUGAUAACAGGAGAGGAGCAGCGCAUACCCCAAGAAGCUGACUCAUAUUUUAUAAGUUGCACAGUGGAAAUGACACCUGUCAAUGAACCUGUGGAUGUCGCCGUAAUUGACGAGAUACAGAUGAUAGGUGAUGAUGAGAGGGGCUGGGCUUGGACACAGGCUUUUUUUGGCAUCCAAGCAAAGGAGCUGCAUCUUUGCGGAGAGGAGCGUACCGUCGAACUGAUCCAAUCCUUCUGCGCUACCCUCGGCGAUGAAUGCAUAGUGCAUCGCUAUCAGCGUCUCAGUGGGCUUGAAACAAUGCAUGAGAGCUUGAAUGGCAAAUUCACAAAUCUUCGAAAAGGUGAUGCUGUUGUCGCGUUUUCCCGCCUUGAGCUUCAUGCUCUCAAGAGGUCGAUCGAAAGGCAUACGAACAAACGCUGUGCUAUAAUCUACGGUUCUUUACCGCCAGAAACACGUGCACAACAGGCCGCAUUGUUCAAUGACCUUGAUAAUGACUACGAUUACCUUGUCGCUAGUGAUGCGAUUGGUAUGGGUCUUAAUCUGGAGAUUAGACGCGUUGUUUUCUUAGCCACAACCAAACGGAGCCCCACCGGUUACCGGCAGCUAUCGGUCUCUGAGGUAAAACAAAUCGGUGGUCGAGCAGGCCGCUUCAGAACAACCAACCAUGCUGUCCGAGCUGCUACCGAAGAUUCGCAACCUCCAGAUCCAAAACCUAGCGGCCCAGGUCUAGUGACGGCUAUGGAAGACGAAGAUCUAGCGUUGGUCAUCCAAUCAUUCGAUACCGAGGCGGAGCCUAUAAAAACGGCAGGUAUCCAACCACCGGCGGCUGCGAUUGAGCGCUUCUCUGCCUAUUUCCCUCCAAAUACCCCACUUAGCUUCAUGCUCGUGCGCCUGCGUGCUAUUGCCAAAUUAUCGCCGAGAUUCCAUUUCUGUCACCCCCUAGAAAUGUUAGAAGUCGCAGAUCUAAUACAGCCAUUCCCUAUGUCGAUUUACGAUCGCUGUGUAAUUCUGAAUGCACCCGUUGCAUUACGGGACCCUCAAGGACAGCAGGUUCUUCAAGCCUUUGCAAGAUGUGUUGCAAGAAUGGAAGGUGGCAAUCUGCUUGACUUGCGCGAAGUUGAGCUGGAACUGCUUGAUGCCAAGUUUGAUCAGUGGAAAGAGGGUGCCCCGGAACUCCUUCGCAGAUUAGAGGCUCUCCAUAAAUCCAUUACCUUGUAUCUAUGGUUGUCAUAUCGGUUCUCUGGUGUUUUCACAAGCCAGCACCUAGCCUUCCAUGUCAAAGCCCAAGUUGAAACGAAAAUCAACGACUAUCUCUCUGGUGUUCAACAGACAGACAGUCAGAUGAAGAAGAGGCUUGACAACAUGCGCAAGGCGGCUCAAGCUCAACAACUUAGGGAAAAGCAAUACCUGGGCGAGACCGCGCCGCCCGAGGGUUCUGGGCACGAAGGUGUUGGCGAGUGGAAUGAGGAGGGACACGAAGAACCGCUGUAUGAGGAUUCGUCCCAACUCGAGGACAUCACCCCACUCCCGGAGAAGUCUGAUAGGUGGUCAAGACGCUGAGUCUAUGUCUUGCUUAGAUUUGCAUUGUAUCCGGGUUUCAGCAUGGAUGGCGUUGGGGUUGCGGCUCGUUCAGGAAAAGCAGGCUGUAUAGUGCAGCCUAUGUACUGCGGCCAAUUAUGGUUUAUGUAUUAUACGUCUCAUGUAACAUACUUUAUAAAGACGACUCCUAGAUUCCUCCAUGUACUACUGGGUCAUACUCACGGAACAUCAGAUACCAUUCAUGUAUGGCAUGUACUAGUAGCCAUACGAACAUGUACAUAUUUGAAUCUACGUAUGAUACCA